AUGAGUCAAUACGUCCACGUUCCAAAAUCCGAGCUUGACGAGGCCCAACUGCGGCAGCUGGAGGAGCAUGAGAUCAGCCAGGGACCUCUCUCCGUUCUUCAACAAGCGGUACGAAACCACACACAGGUUCUCAUCUCCCUCCGCAACAACAAAAAGCUGCUGGCGCGUGUAAAGGCCUUUGAUAGGCAUAGUAACAUGGUCCUCGAGAACGUGAAGGAGAUGUGGACAGAAAUUCCAAAAGGAAAGAACAAGAAACCGGUGAACAAAGAUCGGUUUAUUAGUAAGAUGUUCUUAAGGGGAGACUCUGUCAUUUUGAUCCUCCGAAACCAGGCAUAA